AAGAAAAAUCACUUUCUUGGAUUAAAAAGAAUUUAACCACUGCUGCAGUUGCAGGGUUAUUUUUGUGUUUGAGAAUCAGCAGUUUUGUUCUAAAAAUUGCUUUAAAACUUGUCAAAUGACCUCAAUGGCCAGUCUGUUUUCGUUUACUAGCCCAGCUGUAAAACGCUUGUUGGGCUGGAAACAAGGUGAUGAAGAAGAAAAAUGGGCAGAAAAAGCAGUCGAUGCUUUAGUAAAAAAGCUAAAGAAGAAAAAAGGAGCCAUGGAGGAACUGGAAAAGGCACUAAGUAGUCCUGGACAACCCAGCAAAUGUGUUACAAUUCCUCGUUCGUUAGAUGGGCGACUUCAAGUAUCACACCGCAAAGGCCUUCCCCACGUGAUUUACUGCCGUGUGUGGCGUUGGCCUGAUUUGCAGAGUCAUCAUGAGCUGAAGCCAUUGGACAUUUGUGAAUUUCCUUUUGGAUCUAAACAGAAAGAAGUUUGUAUCAAUCCAUAUCAUUACAAAAGGGUGGAGAGCCCAGUUUUACCUCCUGUCUUGGUGCCAAGGCAUAGUGAAUUUAACCCACAGCAUAGCCUUUUGGUUCAGUUUAGAAACUUAACUCACAAUGAACCACAUAUGCCACACAAUGCUACCUUUCCAGAUUCAUUCCAGCAGCCCAACAGCACUCCAUUUCCCAUGUCUCCAAAUAGUCCAUACCCACCAUCUCCAGGCAGCAAUACCUAUCCAAAUUCUCCAGCUAGUUCUGGACCAUCGAGCCCAUUUCAGCUACCAGCUGAUACACCACCACCUGCAUAUAUGCCCCCUGAAGACCAAAUGGGUCAAGAUACUUCACAGUCUAUGGAUACAAGCAAUAGUAUAAUUCCUCAGAUAAUGCCCAGUAUUUCAAGCAGAGAUGUUCAUCCUGUGGCCUAUGAAGAACCCAAACACUGGUGUUCAAUAGUGUAUUAUGAAUUAAACAAUCGUGUUGGGGAGGCUUUUCAUGCGUCUUCUACCAGUAUCUUAGUAGAUGGAUUUACAGAUCCUUCUAACAACAAAAACAGAUUCUGCUUAGGCUUGCUCUCCAAUGUUAAUCGUAACUCAACAAUUGAGAACACUCGGAGACACAUUGGAAAAGGCGUUCAUCUGUACUAUGUUGGUGGGGAAGUCUAUGCAGAAUGCCUGAGCGACAGCAGCAUAUUUGUACAAAGUAGGAAUUGUAAUUAUCAUCAUGGAUUUCAUCCUACAACCGUAUGCAAGAUUCCCAGUGGCUGUAGUCUUAAGAUUUUUAACAAUCAGGAAUUUGCUCAGCUUCUAGCUCAAUCAGUCAAUCAUGGAUUUGAGGCAGUAUAUGAGCUCACCAAAAUGUGCACCAUUCGAAUGAGUUUUGUAAAGGGAUGGGGAGCAGAAUACCACCGACAAGAUGUUACAAGCACCCCAUGUUGGAUAGAAAUCCAUCUUCAUGGGCCUCUUCAGUGGCUGGAUAAAGUACUUACCCAAAUGGGCUCCCCACUUAAUCCUAUUUCUUCUGUUUCAUAGUGCCAAAGUAUUUCUUCAGCAACUAAUAAUUUUAGUGACCAUUUUCUAAUUUUCCAGAAGCUUCCAGUGUGGAUUCAUCAUAAGUUAGCUUUCCUCUUCUACAAAUGACCAAUUCCAUUGCUUUAUCAUCAUUUUCCCUUUCAUUUCCUAUUAAGACUGUUCAAUUUGGAGGAAAACUGAAAAUACAGAAAUUGUUUAAUCUGAACUAUUCGAAUAACUUUUGAUGCCACUGGAAGUAUUUUAACAUGUUUUCUGAGGACACAUUCUUGAGUGACUUUACAAAAUGAAUAACACGAUCUCAUUUGCUAAAUCUAUAUAGCUCCAAUUUACCACCAGUUUUUAAUAUUACUAUAUGGUUUUGUGGAUGAUAAAAAUCCACAAAGAGCUAGCUUUAUUAUACCUAAGAUUGCCUUUAGCUUAAAUAAUAUGACCUCAGUAUGUACAUGUUGAUAAGCAUCUGUUACAGAUAUUGAUAACAAAAUGCAUUAGAGCAGGCUCUCCUUUAAUCAGUAGCAAAGUUGCUUUCAUCAGAGUUCAAUGUUGCCUUCAUAAUAUAGUCCUGUACGCAGAUCAAAGUCCAGGAAGAUUCAGAUGAAUGUGUGUAGGAUUGGUGCUUAACAGGUAUUUUAUCCAGGGUAUGCACUUUUUGAGGCAGUCAACAUUUAUUUGAAUACAAAACACUAAAAGUCGUGUAUAUUACAUUGCAAGAACGUGCAUUGUGUUUUAUAUUUUAUUUUGCAUUUUAUAGAAAAUAGUCUGGAGGCUUCCUAAAAAUCUACAUUUGUUAAUUUUCAAUAUUAUUUUUUUCCUUUAAAUAUUCUGUUUUGGGGAGAUUUGAAUUUUACCUAGUAAGUGUUGUAAAACACUUGUUUUUUAUUGCUGGGGAAGCUCAUUCUCAUGAUAAUGAUUUAUGAGAAUAUUGUCAUGUGGGUGACUGGAAGUUGUAUGAUGUAAAAUAAAGUGUU